GUCGAGGCGCUCAUGGUUGCAGGCGGGCGCCGCCGUUCAGUUCAGGGUCCGAGCCUGGAGGAGUGAGCCAGGCAGUGAGACUGGCUCGGGCGGGCCGGGACGCGUCGUUGCAGCAGCGGCUCCCAGCUCCCAGCCAGGAUUCCGCGCGCCCCUUCACGCGCCCUACUCCUGAACUUCAGCUCCUGCACGGUCCUCCCCACCGCAAGGCUCAAGGCGCCGCCGGCGUGGACCGCGCACGGCCUCUAGGUCUCCUCGCCAGGACAGCAACCUCUUCCCUGGCCCUCAUGGGCACCGUCAGCUCCAGGCGGUCCUGGUGGCCGCUGCCGCUGCUGCUGCUGCUGCUGCUGCUGCUCCUGGGUCCCGCGGGCGCCCAUGCGCAGGAGGACGAGGACGGCGACUACGAGGAGCUGGUGCUAGCCUUGCGUUCCGAGGAGGACGGCCUGGCAGACGCACCCGAGCACGGAGCCACAGCCACCUUCCACCGCUGCGCCAAGGAUCCGUGGAGGUUGCCCGGCACCUACGUGGUGGUGCUGAAGGAGGAGGCCCACCGCUCGCAGUCAGAGCGCACUGCCCGCCGCCUGCAGGCCCAAGCUGCCCGCCGGGGAUACCUCACCAAGAUCCUGCAUGUCUUCCAUGACCUUCUUCCUGGCUUCCUGGUGAAGAUGAGUGGCGACCUGCUGGAGCUGGCCUUGAAGUUGCCCCAUGUCGACUACAUCGAGGAGGACUCCUCUGUCUUUGCCCAGAGCAUCCCGUGGAACCUGGAGCGGAUUACCCCUCCACGGUACCGGGUGGAUGAAUACCAGCCCCCGGACGGAGGCAGCCUGGUAGAGGUGUAUCUCCUAGACACCAGCAUACAGAGCGACCACCGGGAAAUCGAGGGCAGGGUCAUGGUCACCGACUUCGAGAAUGUGCCCGAGGAGGACGGGACCCGCUUCCACAGACAGGCCAGCAAGUGUGACAGUCAUGGCACCCACCUGGCAGGAGUGGUCAGCGGCCGGGAUGCCGGCGUGGCCAAGGGUGCUGGCCUGCGUAGCCUGCGCGUGCUCAACUGCCAAGGGAAGGGCACGGUUAGCGGCACCCUCAUAGGCCUGGAGUUUAUUCGGAAAAGCCAGCUGGUUCAGCCUGUGGGGCCACUGGUGGUGCUGCUGCCCCUGGCGGGUGGGUACAGCCGGGUCCUCAACGCCGCCUGCCAGCGCCUGGCGAGGGCUGGGGUCGUGCUGGUCACCGCUGCCGGCAACUUCCGGGACGAUGCCUGCCUCUACUCCCCAGCCUCAGCUCCCGAGGUCAUCACAGUUGGGGCCACCAAUGCCCAGGACCAGCCGGUGACUCUGGGGACUUUGGGGACCAACUUUGGCCGCUGUGUGGACCUCUUUGCCCCGGGGGAGGACAUCAUUGGUGCCUCCAGCGACUGCAGCACCUGCUUUGUGUCACAGAGUGGGACAUCGCAGGCUGCUGCCCACGUAGCUGGCAUUGCAGCCAUGAUGCUGUCUGCUGAGCCGGAGCUCACCCUGGCCGAGUUGAGGCAGAGACUGAUCCACUUCUCUGCCAAAGAUGUCAUCAAUGAGUCCUGGUUCCCUGAGGACCAGCGGGUACUGACCCCCAACCUGGUGGCCGCCCUGCCCCCCGGCACCCAUGGGGCAGGUUGGCAGCUGUUUUGCAGGACUGUGUGGUCAGCACACUCGGGGCCUACACGGAUGGCCACAGCUGUCGCCCGCUGCGCCCCAGAUGAGGAGCUGCUGAGCUGCUCCAGUUUCUCCAGGAGUGGGAAGCGGCGGGGCGAGCGCAUGGAGGCCCAAGGGGGCAAGCGGGUCUGCCGGGCCCACAACGCUUUUGGGGGUGAGGGUGUCUACGCCGUUGCCAGGUGCUGCCUGCUACCCCAGGCCAACUGCAGCGUCCACACAGCUCCACCAGCUGGGGCCGGCAUGGGGACCCGUGUCCGCUGCCACCAGCAGGGCCACGUCCUCACAGGCUGCAGCUCCCACUGGGAGGUGGAGGACCUUGGCACCCACAAGCCGCCUGUGCUGAGGCCACAAGGCCAGCCCAACCAGUGCGUGGGCCACAGGGAGGCCAGCAUCCACGCUUCCUGCUGCCGUGCCCCAGGUCUGGAAUGCAAAGUCAAGGAGCAUGGAAACCCGGCCCCUCAGGAGCAGGUGACCGUGGCCUGCGAGGAGGGCUGGACCCUGACUGGCUGCAGUGCCCUCCCUGGGACCUCCCACGUCCUGGGGGCCUACGCCGUAGACAACACGUGUGUGGUCAGGAGCCGGGACGUCAGCACCACAGGCAGCACCAGCGAAGAGGCCGUGGCAGCCAUUGCCAUCUGCUGCCGGCGCUGGCACCUGGCGCAGGCCUCCCAGGAGCUCCAGUGACAGCCCCAUCCCAGGAUGGGUGCCUGGGGAGGGUCAGGGGCUGGGGCUGAGCUUUAAAAUGGUUCUGACUUGUCCCUCUCUCAGCCCUCCAUGGCCUGGCCCGAGGGGAUGGGGAUGCUUCCACCUUUCUGGAGCUGUUGGCCUGGGCCUUGAGUGGGGCAGGCUCCUUGUUUGGAACUCCCCAGGUGGAGGUGCCAGGAAGCUCCCUCCCUCACUGUGGGGCAUUUCACCAUUGAAACAGGUCAAGCUGUGCUCGGGUGCUGCCAGCUGCUCCCAACGUGCCGACGUCUGUGGGCAGAAUGACUUUUAUUGAGCUCUUGUUCUGUGCCAGGCAUUGAAUCCUCAGGUCUCCACCAAGGAGGCAGGAUUCUUCCCAUGGAUAGGGGAGGGGGUGGUAGGGGCUGCAGGGACAAACAUCGUCGGGGGGUGAAUGUGAAAGGUGCUGAUGGUCCUCAUCUCCAGCUAACUGUGGGGAAGCCCCUUGGGGAUCCCUGAUUAAUGGAGGCUCAGCUUUCUGGAUGGCAUCUAGCCAGAGGCCGGAGACGGGCGCGCCCCUGGUGGUCACAGGCUGUGCCUUGGUUUCCUGAGCCACCUUUACUCUGCUCUAUGCCAGGCUGUGCUAACAAUACCCAAGCGUGGCCUGCAGGGAGCCAUCACCUAGGACUGACUCAGCAGUGUGCACUGCUGCACGCACCGUCUCAGCCAACCCGCCCCACUAGCUGGCAGAGUACACAUUCGCACCCCUACUUCACAGAGGAAGAAACUGGAAGCAGAGGGGGCGUGCGUGCCAAGCUCACACAGCAGGAAUUGAGCCAGAAACCCAGACUGGGCUGGCUCUGAAGCCAAGCCUCUUCUUACUUUACCCGGCUGGGCUCCUCAUUUUUACAGGUAACAGUGAGGCUGGGAAGGGGAACACAGACCAGGAAGCUUGGUGAGUGAUGGCAGAAUGAUGCCUGCAGUCACAGAACUUUUUCUGUAUCACCUAGGCCUGAUUCACUGGCCUGGUGGAGAUGCUUCUAAGGGAUGGUCGGGGGAGAGGGACAACUGUCCCUCCUUGAGCACCAGCCCCGCCCAAGCAAGCAGACAUUUAUCUUUUGGGUCUGUCCUCUCUCUGUUGCCUUUUUACAGCCAACUUUUCUAGACCUGUUUUGCUUUUGUAACUUGAAGAUAUUUAUUCUGGGUUUUGUAGCAUUUUUAUUAAUAUGGUGACUUUUUAAAAUAAAAACAAACUUUGUCCUGAC